CGAUGAUACAAUAGAGCAUCACGGACAGAGCAGAGUGUUGUCCUUCGCUGCCACCCACACCUCACGAUGCGCCCCUGCGGAGGAUUCUCCAUGUGUGGUGGUGGUGUGCCACGGCUCCGUCACUGCCACCUUUGGAUGGUGGUGCUGCUGCAGCAUCGUAUCCUUACAGUAAUUGCCUGCCUUGCCUUGCCUUCCAUCCUUUCCGUACGCCGGAUGGGUGUGGUGGUGGUGUUGGUGUUGGUUGAAGGUUGGUAGUUACGGAGUACCCAUGCCAUGGCGGGCAGAGUGAGUGCGAGUAGAGCAGCAAUACUGCACAGUAGUCGGAGUAAUUGCUUGCGGGCAGUAGGUAAUUAGCAACCAACCUGCAAUCCUUCAUCAUCCACAGCGCACUCUCACUCAUCUCUCUUCUUCAUCUUGCAACAUCACCAAACCUCAUCCUCACCCCACCCGCUUUCCCGUCACCGCCGAGAGUAUCCCCAUUCCCAUCCCAUCUGCACUUGACUUCCUGAUCCUUCGGCACCACCAGAACAGACACUGCACUACACGACACCACACAACACCGUCCUACUGGUAGAGCUAAGAGUAGCCUGCGAAGUGUUCCGCUGUUAAAUUUAGCUGGCAAAUAACGGCCACGGACCACGGACCAAGAACCGCCAUUGCCAUCUCCAUCGACAUCUCCAGCAUCUUCUCCCUUUCCCACGCGGUCCAGGGCCUGACUAGCUGGCCAGCAGACUACGGUACGAGUACUAGUGACCAGUCGCCAAAGCGAUCUCUCAACCACCCAGAUCACUGGCCACCACAGUACAGUUAGGGUGCUAAGUACGGAGCAGUAUCGUCGCUGUCGUCCCUGGCCCACGACGGAAACCAGGAACCACCCUACCUGGCGGCGCCCUGACCACGCUGUAGGUUUUCGAUUAGUCUGCCCAUCGCAGUGCCCACCAGUGGCCACUGACCAGCACCCUCCAACCAAAGCUCCCGCGAGCACCCGCGAGUACCCAGGAGCACCCAGGAGCGUCCUUGAAACCCACGGCAACUCCAAGAACAUACUCCACUCGCCUCCAAGGAAAGCCCAUCCAGCUCCGGCAGGACGCCCGACGCCUCGAGGUUUCCCAAGGACUGGCCCACUGGAAACGAACACUGGAUCAGUGUGGACCGCGACCGCGUGCAAGGGCUCCAUACCGACUCCGCUGUGGGGAGCCUGAACUGAAUUCAAACGCCUAUCUGGUCUGCCAAACGCUUUGAGCCUGCGCUAACUCGCAGGUGUCUCUCGUCUGGUGUUAUUGGCUUUGCUGCUCUCCCGGCAUAAAGUAGUCUUAUUCAGCGUCCCCCGCCCGCCUUUUACAUGUCGAGGAACGGUCUUCUGGGCAGUAGUCUUUCAUAUCGUGGCCCCUUCACUCCCACACCCAUUCAUAACGCUGCCCAAACAUCCAAAGAAGAGGCCCAGGUUCAAGCCUUGUAUGAGCUCGGUCUCCUUACCCACACCGACAAGGGAAAUAGCAGGAGGCGAGAGAAGAGCAAGGGCAAGGACAUAUUACCAGGUGGAUCCCGCGCUGUAGGAUCGCAUCCCCAAAAGGGUACGUACUCCCAUCCCUCCUUUCUUCCUAUCUCCGUAAACCACUUUGAGCAAUCCCAUAGAGUGAAGAGUCGUACCUCAAUCGCUCGCUCCUGCUCAAUGGACUCCUUUUCCGAUCACUCCAGUCAACGUCGACUAAUCCCAUCUUCGGCAGCUUCAUUCUCUAGUAGCACGCAUCGUCUGGACCGUUCGACAUCGAGGAGAGCGCCGUCGGCAAGGGAGAAUAAAGAAACCAUCAAAGGGUCGAGAGAUUUGCGCAGUCGAGCCGGAAGUGGUGGAAUGGCAGGUAUGCUGGACGCCGACAGGAGCCGCACGAGGCGGGAACGAACAUUCGUCGGCAGUGAAUGUGCAGUAUGCGAGGAGCCGCUGGAACACACCCUUCGCGGCGAGCGUAUUCUCCAAUUCUCCUGCGGUCACGUCUCACACGAGGCCUGCUUUUACGAGUACAUCAAAGAAUUCGAGUCGCAGUAUUGCCCGACCUGCAAUGCGCCCUUGGGUUUGGAUACGAGUCGAGGAGGCAAUGUUUUAGACAUUGGUAAGACUUUCGGUACUGGUGCGUUCAAAAACUCAAUCAUACUGAUCCCUCAUUGUGCAGAGAAGCUAAGUAGUAUUGUACGGUCAGUUGCAUCAAACGAGGUUCCUCGGUCAAAUCAAACCACUCCCACCCCAUGGGACAACCAGACGAUACGAUCAUCGAGCCGAGAGCAGCAGCAGAGGGAGAGGUCAGAUAGUUUGGAUAGGCGAGCUCCAAAUAACAAUGCGAGCAGCAGAGAUUCGGCGGAAAGAUAUGCAAAUCCGCCCCAAGGACAUCGUCGAAACGACUCGGAGAUGACAGGAACCAAUUCCUCAGUAGGCUAUUCAGAAACGGCCGCCAGUGCCCCUUCACGUCGACACGACUACGACGUGCAAUCGAUGGAAGCGAGCAUUGCGAGCCCAAGGGCAAGUGUAUCUAGAAAUCCAAUUCCGCCUCCAUCUGUCAGCGUGCGAUCGGAAUUUCCCACCCUGAAUCGGUCACGGCAACAGCAAACUUUAACUUGUCUAGUUACCGUGGAGAUACCUGACAACAAGUGGAGACCGGAUCCUGAUGAUCUAAGGGCAACUCCCCCUACUCCUACCGCGCGGCCAGAAGAUACAUACGCGCGACCACCUUCACCUGCUCAAAGCGCCCCCCGAUUCUAUCCUUACGAGUCGCCCGAAGUAUUAGAUGAAAUCACCGAAGGUCUUCGAAUGAGAGUGGAGAAUUGGCACGGUCUCGAUUUUAAUAGGUAAAUUUAGUUUUGACCAGAUAUGUUGCAAAUGCGGGUACUGACAAAACAACAGAUUCGGAAAGCUUCGUCUUUACGGAACGAUUCGCGUAGGAAAAGAUAAGCAAUCAUGGCAGGAGCUGGAGUGUUAUCUCUUCGCCGAAAUGCUCAUUUGCGUUAAAGAAAAGAAAGUAAACAUACCCCAGGGCUGGGAAGAUACAACGCACAUUCGUAAACAUACUCGUUGUACGCUCAAAGGAUCUAUCUUGAUUAAAAAGCAUCUCAACGAGGUCUUGGAAUCAGGUAGUGGUAAAGCCAAUCUUGGACAAACAGAAAAGAUAACCUCAUCUAACCUGCGCCCUGUAGAAGAUAACAUUUUGACACUCAGUCUCUCGGUAACUGAGCUCCCCUCGUUCCAUCUCAAAUUCGAGAACCGAAACCAGUUAAAAUUAUGGCAUCAAGCCCUGCUCGAUUUGAAUGCCAUCGAAGGCUCUCCCGCCCGCAGCCCCGAUUAUGAUCUUUCAGAAAACGAGGAAGAUGAUUGGCAAAAGAUUGAUGAUCAAAAGCGAGUCUCUACCAAUUCCUCCUCAUAUGAUAAGCGAUCCGCGACCACAGCCGCAACAGACUAUACCAGCGGGAAAGGAGUACGAUUACCCGCCGCUGUGCACGUACCAUUCGAUAUUGUGGUCGUAGUCCCGAUAUCCUCAUCCAUGCAAGGAGUCAAGAUAAGUUUGGUGCGUGAUGCGCUCAAGUUUAUGGUGGCACAGUUAGGAGAUCGCGAUCGCAUGGGUCUCGUGACUUUUGGCUCCAGCAAUGGGGCGGCGCCUUUAGUAGGGAUGACCAGCAAGACUUGGAAUGGAUGGUCGGGUGUCCUGGCUUCUAUCAGACCUGUUGGACAGAAGAGCCACAGAGCGGACGUUGUAGAGGGUGCAAAUGUGGCCAUGGACUUGCUCAUGCAACGCAAAUCCAACAACCCAAUCGCCACCAUUCUCUUGAUCAGCGAUUCAGCAACCUCUGACCCAGAGAGUGUUGAUUUUGUUGUAUCAAGAGCAGAGGCGGCCAAGUAAGUAUUUUCAUCUCCAGAGAUCCGUCCUUUUACUAAUCAUGAUAGAAUUGCCAUCCACUCAUUCGGACUCGGGAUGACCCACAAGCCAGAUACCAUGAUCGAACUUUCAACGCGAACCAAAGCAUCAUAUACUUACGUGAAAGAUUGGAUGAUGUUAAGAGAAUGUGUUGCCGGCUGUAUCGGUUCCCUUCAAGCCAUGUCUCACCAAAACGUCAAAUUGAAGCUCAGGCUACCCGAAGGCUCACCAGCCAAAUUUGUAAAGAUCAGUGGCGCGCUUCAAAUCACGAAACGCGCUGCCGGAAGAGAUGCAGAGGCGUCCCUCGGUGACAUGCGAUUCGGAGACAAGAGAGACAUUCUCGUGCAGCUGGUCAUUGCCCCCGACAAUGCCUCCCAAGAACAGCUACCACAGGAUCCUUGGGAGACAAUCAUCUCUGGGCUUGAAUCACUUGGUGGACCUCUCGAUCAGGAUGAUCAGCGGACCAUGUCAAUUGAAGAAGUUCCUCUGAUUCAAGCUGAUCUGACAUGGGGUGAUAUCCUUCGAGAUGGCACCCUCACCCAGCUUGCUCGACCUUCCCUUCUUGCCAUCACUAUGCUCCCAGCAACACCAAAGCAAAGGACAAAUUCAAUGGCCCAAUGGCCCAAUGCUCCAACAAUUCCACCACAUCCAAGCAUUGUUCAACGACGUAUGGAACUCCUCACAUCAGAUAUGCUUACUAGAGCCCUCACAUUGGUCUCAAGGGGUCAACAUGACCGGGCACAGCAUCUUUUGAAUGAAACUCGAUCCAUUCUCAAAGGUCUUGGAAAAGGAGGUCUACCACCGAUCCCUCCUCCUCCUUCGAAGUCCCCAAAUUCAUCAGGUCACGAGGGAACAUCCCCCACAUCUUCCAUCGCCCCCGAUCGUCGCCGUACACCUUCGCCUACUUCAGCAGUCCCAAACAAAAGCCAAUCCAUCCCACGUCCUCCAUCCAAUGAUGCUCUGGCUAUGAACUCUUCUCCCGGUAUUGAUCCAGUUACUGUUGCUGCUCUUGAUGCUGAGCUCGAGUCUAGCUUGGAGUGGAUCAAUCAUCCGGCAGUUUUUGGAAGGGACAGUAGGAAAGCUGUCCUACAGGCUAUUGGUGUUAUUAGUAGCCAGAGAGGAUAUACUUUCCGAACUCCAGUCGAAAAAUUAUGGUCUAGUCGAGUCAGUGGCGUGAAACGCCUGACAGAGCGAAGCCGAGAGUGGCGCGAAGAAGGUGGUGGUGAAGGAGGAAUUAUGGAAGAGAGUUAA